AUGCAAACCUUUAUGAAGAUACCGCUGGCUACUGUGUUAUGCGGGCUGCUCUUACUGCUGAUUACCUUGUGUUCUGCAAAUGACAACAACAGCAGCAAACCAUGUGACAAGGUGUGUUUUUAAACAAACAUUGAAAUAUAUAGCUUUAAUAUAUCAGAAGUGAAGUUCAGUUGAUCCUACUUGAACUAUUAACCUGAAAGAACUUAGUGAGGUAGAAUGAAUGAACGGUGAUUUUUUAUGUAAGGAUGCUUGACUGACGUUGAUUGAUUGACUUAAUCGAGUGAUCAUAAAUUAAAACGGAAUGAAUUUUUAAAUAUUCCACAACAGACUUCACCUUAUGGUUCCUGUGGUCAUGGUGGGUGUUUCUGUGCACCAGGAAUUCCAGGCAUCCCAGGAAGCCCUGGACCCGCGGGACCAGCAGGUGUUGCGGGAUCACCUGGCAAUCAUGGACCUGAAGGACCCAUGGGACCACGGGGAAAGAAAGGCGAUGAAGGAGACCGUGGAAGACAGGGAGCACCAGGAGUUAAAGGACCUGCAGGGAAGCCAGGUCCACGUGGGGAUAAAGGUGAAGCAGGUUCAGCUGGUUCCCCUGGAAACAAGGGUGAUACAGGUGCUCGUGGAAGUCAAGGUCCCUCAGGUCCCAAGGGUGCUCCAGGAUCGUUUGGCCGUGAUUGGAAACAGUGCGUUUUUAAGAAUCUGAACGAUGGAAGGGACUCUGGAUUGAUAAAGGUAACAAUUGAGUCGGUCGUUCUAGAUUAUAUAAAUUAACCCGAAGCAACCUAAUAAGUCUGGUUAAGACCGAUUUAAAAACUCAUUAAUAAUUAAAGACAGAACAAAAGAAACUAAUGUUUAAUGGGUGUCUUUAUUUCUGAUAAAGACACGGCUAAACUUUGUCCAAUUUAGACCAAAAUAACCCCAAAUUUAAAUAUAAGUGCAAGAAUGAGUUGAUCUGUAUCAGAGAUUUUGAAGCCAUUAAAAACACUUGCAGUAGUGUAUUUUCAGGUUUAAAAACUCGAGGUGAGUCAUUUGAGAAAAAAAAUCCGUGUUUCGGAACUUGUGCGAGCGGUUCAUGGAAUGAUAAAUGCAGGGAAAAGGCAAAAUUCAUCAGUUUAAGAUAUACGUAUAGUUUUUGUCUGAAUUUGAGUGAAAUUCGCAGGGUCGUGGCGUCCUUUCCGCUAAUUGCCAAAAAGAAUUUUCUGUUAUAAGUAAAAGCCAUUUAUAGCUUUGUGACUUGACUUUGUAUUGUGCAUAUUUGUUGCUGUCUGUCUCGUUGUUAUUGGCAUCGUAGAAUACAACACUUUGAGUAGUGGAAUGUGAUAAAUUCGAAACAUCCUUGAAGUAUUUGCCUUCUGGCGAUCCCACAAUACAUUGCGCAUUCAAGAAACGGAAAAAAUCGACCCUUACUGAUUAUUAUUCCUUUCAAGAUUUAUCUGGAAAAUUUUCCCAUUCAAAAGCUCAAUUUUGCAGGAAAUUUACUCCUGGCGAGCAGAUGUCGUAUUUUUUUUCCAACGACAAACAUCAAGAGAUUCAGUACAACUGAAAAUAAAUAAAUGCUGACUACAAUUGUUUGUUCCUCUCCCUUGCUCAUGAUCGAGAUGAGGAGAAAACUCAAAAGUCAGCAAAGAAAUAAGCGUGCAGAAAAAUUACACAAACAUGCACACACCGCAAUUCUUCCAACCGAUGCUUUUAAACUCCAAAUUUCUGUACAAAAUAAGGCGCCUCGCCUUGUGUGCUGGUAAACAUUCCAGUACCAGCUCAAAGAAGUACGUUUUAAAACCUUUUUUUGACAUCACGUUCUAUUGUAAACAAGCCUGUAAACUGUCGAAAUAAUUAUGUAUUAAAGGCAAGCGAAAACGUUAUUUUGUUUAAAGUUUUUAAAACCAUAUGGACCCCUGUGCCUUCUUGUGAAAAUGGUCACGCUACUCCUUUGAUUCGCAACGGUCGAAGGUAGUAUUGAUGGUGAAAUUAGUUACAAAAGCACAGUAACACUGUCAGCCCAGCGAGGAGUCAGAGGAGUUGAAACAAUUCCCCUUCACUAUUCAUGAUGGAAAUAUGAGUUUACUGGUUUUAAUUGAUCCAUGGUGAACAUGUUUCCACGGAGAAAUUCCUCAGUUACCACGAGUGAAACCCAAAGCUUUCAAAUCAGUUUUUCUAGACGAUCAUAUAAUUGUUUAUCUAUGAUGUUUAAUUUCGCUUCACCUCGCUGAACUUUCUUCGUCUGUUCAUUUUUAAGGAGUGCAUUUUUAAGAAAGCAUCAGACACUUCAGGGUUGCGGGUCUUCUGGAGUGGCACUCUUCGUCUCUACAACUGCCAUGCAUGCUGCAGACGAUGGUAUUUCACUUUUAACGGUGCAGAGUGUUCAACACCAGGUGCCAUUGACGGUGUGGUCUACAUGGUACAUGGAAAUGGCACGAAAAAGAACUUACACCGUGUACGUCACAUUGAAGGAGUCUGUGAGAAAAUCCACAAGGGUACUGUUCGCGUGGGAUUCUGGGUCGGUGAUUGUGCUAGAUACGGAUCUGCUGAUGCCUACACAGGCUGGAACUCAGUGUCCCGGAUAUACGUGGAAGAAGUACCUCCCCCACAGGCUUAA